GCCGCCGCCUUCACUAUAAAAGCACCUGUCCUGGCCAGACUUCACUCGCAUCUCACUUUCUCUCUCUUUCUCACACACUCACCCUCACACACUCCUCAGCUCCUCACACACACUCUCUCCCGUACAGAGCAGAGGGACCGGACAUCACUAAGGAAACAUGAGUUACUCCAGCGACAUUUACAGCAGCAGCUCCUAUCGGAAGAUCUUUGGAGAUGCUCCCCGGUCCGGCCGCGUGGGUAUGGGCAGCAGCCCGUCCCGCAUGCACUCUGCGGGAUACCGCAGCAACCACCGCACCUACGGUUCUCCAUCCGUGAUGUCCUCCACCGCCUACCGCAGGACGGCGGCACCCGGCCGCGUCUUCUCCUCCAUGCCGGAGUCCGUGAUGGACCUGACCCAGUCCACCGCGGUCACCAACGAGCUCAAGAUCAUCCGCACCAAUGAGAAGGAGCAGCUGCAGGGCCUCAACGACCGCUUCGUGUCCUUCAUUGAGAAAGUUCACAACCUGGAGCAGCAGAAUAAAGUUCUGGAGGCGGAGGUGACGCUGCUGCGGCAGCGCAACAGCGAGCCCUCCCGCCUGCACGAGCUGUACGAGCAAGAGAUCCGCGAGCUGCGGGCGCGCGUGGAAGAGCUGACGCACGAGAAGAGCCAGAUGCACCUGGACUGCGUGCAGAUGAAUGACACCCUGGAGCGCGUGCGGGAGAAGCUGGAGGAGGAGACCAGGAUGCGGGAAGAGGCUGAGAACGCUCUGAAGGGCUACCGGAAGGACGUGGACGACGCCACUCUGGCCCGUCUGGAGCUGGAGAAGAAAGUAGAGUCCCUGCUGGAUGAGAUUGCCUUCCUCAGAAAAGUUCACGAGGAAGAACUGCAGGAGCUCCAGACUUCACUGCAGGCCACGCAGGUGUCAGUGGAGAUGGACAUGACCAAACCUGAUCUGGCUGCUGCCCUGAAGGACAUUCGGAGUCAGUACGAGAACCUGUCAGCCAGGAACCAGACCCAGGCCGAGGAGUGGUACCGCUCUAAGUUUGCCACUGUGACCGAGGCGGCUGCCCGCAACCAGGACGCCAUCAAGCAGUCAAAGGAGGAGCUGAGUGAGUACCGCAGGCAGGUGCAGGCCCGUACCCUGGAGAUCGAGGCUCUCAGGGGCCACAAUGAGGCCCUGGAGAGGCAGAUCGCAGAGAUGGAGGAACGCCACAACAAUGAAAUUGGAGAGAUGCAGGAUACCAUCCAGCAGCUGGAGGCCGCCCUGCGCUCCACCAAAGGAGAAAUGUCCCACCACCUGCGUGAAUACCAGGACCUGCUGAAUGUCAAGAUGGCUCUGGACAUUGAGAUCGCUGCCUACAGGAAGCUGCUGGAGGGCGAGGAGUGCCGCCUCAGCUCAGUGGGCGGAGCCAUGGUCCAGUCUGGCUAUCCCGGCUUCUCCUACAUGUCUGCUCGCACCUACACCCUCGGAGCCUACAGGAAGUCCAGUGCCAAGCCUGAAGACGAAGAGGAAGAGGAUGGAGAGGAAGAGGAGAAGGAGGAAGAAGAGGAGGGAGAGGAGGGAGAGGAGGGAGAAGAGGGAGAGGAGGGAGAGGAUGGAGAGGAGGAGGGAGAGGAAGGAGAUGACCAGGAGGAAGGUGAGGGUGAGGAAGAGGAGGAAGAGGAGGAGGAAGACAAGCAGAAGGAGAAGGGGAAGGAGGAGAAGGAGAAGAAGAAGGAGAGCCCCACUGGCAAGAACAGCAAGAGCUAAACGGCUAAUGUCAACAUCAUCAUCUUCAUCUUCACAUUCCUCAUCAGUCCAGUCAUUCAUAUGGAUCUCCUGUUCACAACAACACCACUCACACACACACACACACACACACAGUCACAUGUGCACAGUCGAGAUGCCUCACACCUUGUGUCCUUCUGUUUGCUCUGUAACUCAGAUGUACUUAGUUUAUUAGAAAGAGCAAGUGAGUUAGAAGACGAGUUUCAUUCAUUUACAUCAUCAGCAGAGAUUGUUUUAUCAGCAUCUGUCAUGAUUUAAGCUAGUGCGAUGCCACAAAGGCGGAAAAAGGACAAUGUUUUCUUUAAUAUAUGUAACCGUCAUUAAUGUGCCAUUAAUGAUCGAUCUUUACAGUACAAGUUAUCUUUGAAAGUCACAAUCUUGUUAGCACAGACUUCAACGCACACAUCUGAAGCACGGGAAACAGCCGGUCCAACUUUUACGGUGCUAUUUGAUUUUUACAUAUAAAAGUUGGGGAGUACUGUAAGUGAGGAUUUUAACCAGACAGAUGCUCUACCAGCUCAUUCCUGAAAGUUAGCGUGUCAAACAGGGGAGUUUAGAGUCUAUUUCAAUUGCAAAUUCAACCCCUGUGUUUCCUACAGAAUGUGAAUGCUUUCCUUCCCUACGUCUUUCUCCUACUCUUUCCCAUCAUCCCUUGCUUGGGUCUGCAUCUCAACCCCACAACGACAAAAUGAAAUGUAGGCAUUUAUCAUUUAUCACCCCUUUUCAUGCUGUUUUUGUCACUGCAGUGUCACAGCACGGCAAUAAUGAGCUCAGAAAAACUGUAUAUACAAAUGUUUGUGGAGGGUGGAGUGGGUUAUGCUGCAGCUUCUCUUCUGGGAGGUGCAUCUCUGGGAAUGAAUAUCAAGAAUAAAGAAUGAAAAAUAUACAGAGUUGCUAUAUAUAUAAAAAAUAUAUAUAGAAAUAUAUAUAUAUAUAAUUUUUGGGGGAAAAUGAAUUAUCCCACCUUUGAUUGAUUCAUUUGUCAGUGAAUAGUAUUUAUCUGAUAAAUCACCGUUUAUUUGCAAGUGUUCUCCCUCCCUUUCCGAAAUCAGAAAUACCUUCAUAAUGCAAACAUGUCAGUGAUUUAGUUUAAUUUGGGCGGAGGUGAAGGUGAGCGUGGCUGUUAGUGUCAGAGCAGCUGACGGUGACACUGACAGCACUCAGCUCAGACUGCAAAUGGCAGGUGGGGUCAUGGUGAUAUGGUACAGAGUCACUUAUAAGGGCUAUUUGCACUGUAACCCUAUCUAUCAAUGUUGUCCCUCAUUUCAUCUCCCUUUGCCGUCUCCUCUUGACAAAUGAAUCAGUCGACGGUUUUGAAUGCAUGGCCUGACUCUUGGAGCUUGAAUACCUGCGGAUGGGUUAGAUUUUUUGCUUGUUGUGUGUUCAAUUAAAAACUUGCCUUAACCAUUACUGAAAGGAAAAAAAAAAAGAAACAAACAAAAAAAAGAAACAAAACUCAACAAAACAUAUUUUCACCUGCAUCUCACUUGUUUCCGGGGUAGUUGAGGAGUGUGGACACUUUACAGAUCGUUCUGCUAAACAACUGUGACUGUAUGUGCUGCUAUGUCAUGCAGUGAUAUUCCUGUCAAAGCCAAAUAAAGACCAUUUAUUAACCAAA